AUGAUUUCGUGUUGCUCGUUGCUGUUUUUGCUCGCUACGCUGCUGAUCGAUGGCUGCAAAGCAGGACGAAACUGGGACUACGAGCCCUUAUCCUUGACAUCCUAUAGCUCAGAUGAGAGUCUCUUGAAGAUCACCACAAAAGUUGAUCGACUUGGGCGCAGCGAUUACGCAUUUUCCAUGACAAUGGACUGGAACUACGAUGUGGAUAAGGACACCAUGGUGGAGGCAGACGUUUAUCACUGCUCAUCGGGUGACGAAGACGACUACAAAAUGAUGCCCUGGUCCAUUCCCAAACAGCCUUUUUUCGAGUAUCUAAACGGUUUCUACAAGGACGCGUUCAUCAAGAAUGUGGGCCAUUGCUCCAAUAUGGUGCAGUUCGAGGGCGAUUUUGUGCCACCAUGGCCACGAAAUGUUUACAAGUUGGACAAAUGUGUGGCCAGUGGCGAGGGACUGCCGGAUAUCGCACCAGAGGGUUUCUUCAAGUUAGAGUAUAAAAUGACCGGUCAGGUGGAUUGGGGUUUCACCAUGAUUGUUAAGGUCUCGCCAAAGGUUAUUUAAUAUUACAUUAUAUGCGGCUCUUCAAAAGUGCAAACAAUUUUUUUUCUACAUUACAAAUUGUAUUAUU